AGAUAUUGUAGCAUAUAAGAUCAGCAUCAUUCCAUCUUUCUUUCCAUGAAAACAUAAAACAGAGCCGAGAAAAUGAUGAAGCCGCAUGCAGUUUGUGUUCCGUUCUCAGCACAAGGCCAUGUGAGCCCUUUUAUGCAACUCGUCAAGCUCCUUCAUUGGAAGGGUUUCAACGUAACUAUGGUCGACACGGCGUCGUAUCACGCGCGCCUUGUCCGAUCCUUAGGACCCGACUUCGCCGAGGGAUUGGCGGGUUUUCGGGUGGAGACGAUACCUGACGGGCUGCAUCAGUCGGGUCGGGACGCCAACCCGGACGUGUCGGAGUUGUGUGACGCGUUGAGGAAGAACUGCUCGGAGCCGUUUAAGGAGCUGAUCAAGAGGAUGCAGUCGUCAGCGGAGGACGAAGAAGGAUUCGGUGCGGUGAGGUGCAUCAUAGCAGAUGGGGUUAUGAGCUUUGCGAUAGGAGUCGCGGAGGAAUUGGGGAUACCUGAAGUUCAGUUCUGGACUGCCUCUGCUUGUGGCUUCAUGGCCUACCUGCAAUUCGAUGCUCUUAUUUGCAGAGGAAUCAUUCCUUUCAAAGAUCCUGAAUCCGUCACCGAAAGCGCACUGGACAUGCUCAUAGAUUGGAUUCCUGGGAUGACAAACAUUAGACUCAAAGACAUGCCAAACUUCAUCAGAACCACCGACCUUAACGAGACAAUGUUCGAUUUCCUAAGAACAGAAACCAAAAACUGCUUAAAAUCACCAGCAAUCAUCAUCAACACCUUCCACGACUUAGAAUCUCAAAUCCUCGAAGCUAUGAAAGCUAACUUUCUUCCCAAUAUAUACGCCAUAGGUCCUCUUCCAUUUUUGCUCAGGCAUGUUCCUGACAACCACUUGACAUCCGUACGACCAAACCUGCGAAAGGAAGACUCGGAAUGUCUGAACUGGCUUCAGAAAUGGGAGCCCGGUUCGGUUUUGUACGUGAAUUAUGGGAACUGGACCGUCAUGUCAGAUAAUCACUUGAAGGAAUUUGCUUGGGGUUUAGCUAACAGCAAGGUUCCAUUUUUGUGGAUAAUAAGGUCUGAUGUGGUAAUGGGUGAAUCAGCGAUUUUGCCGAAGGAGUUUUGUGAUGAGAUUAAGGAAAGAGGUUACAUCACAAGUUGGUGUCAUCAGGAGAAAGUGCUUUCUCAUCCAUCAGUUGGACUGUUCUUGACACAUUGUGGAUGGAACUCCAUGACAGAAGCUCUAUGUGGAGGUGUUCCCAUGAUUUGCUGGCCUUUUUUCGCCGAGCAACAGACCAAUUGCAGAUAUGCAUGCACACACUGGAACAUAGGAAUGGAGGUGAACGAAGAUGUGAAACGGGGGGAAGUUGCAGGGCUAGUAAAGGAAAUGAUGGACGGAGUGAAGGGAAGGGAAGCAAAGAGGCAAGUUGAGGAGUGGAAGAAGAAGGCAUUGGAAGCUACUGAGAUUGGAGGAUCAUCCUUUAAUGAUUUCAAUGCCUUCAUAAAAGCAGCUCUUCAUUGUUGAUGACUUUUUAGUUCAUGUGGUGCCAAAAUCUCUACAAGGCUCAACCCUAAUGCAAUUUUCUAAAGUAUUGAAUGUCCCAAAACCUAUAAUAAACUCUUUAUUUUUGUUCUAA